AUGUCUUCAAUCAAGAAUGUUCUUUAUUUCCAAUCUGGACUUGGAGUUCUAGCCAAUAUGUUUCUACUGUUUUUUUAUAUUUUCAUAAUCCUAGGUCACAGACCUAAGCCCAUGGACCUGAUCUUAUGUCAAUUUUCCUUUGUUCACAUACUGAUGUUCCUCACUGCAGGGGAUAUUUGGCUUUCAGACUUAUUUGAGUCACUGAACAUUGAGAAUGACUUCAUAUGUAAGGCAACUUUUUACACUGGUAGGGUGAUGAGAGGACUCUCUAUGUGCAUCACAUGCCUCCUGGGUGUGUUCCAGGCUGUCACUAUCAGUCCCAGUACCUCACUGUUGGCAAAAUUUAAGCAUAAACUAAAAAAAUACAUCAUCUAUGCUGUUUUCUAUAUUUGGUUUCUUAAUUUCUCGAUCAAUAGUCACAUGAUAGUCUAUGUUGGUGGUUUUAACAAUAGGAGUGAGACCAACCAGAUGAGAAUCACUAAAACCUGUUCACACUUUCCCAUGAACAACAUCAUCAAGGAAUUGAUUUUAACAGUGAUAACUUUAAAAGAUGUGUUUCUUGUAGGAGUCAUGCUGACCACAAGUAUAUACAUGGUGAUUAUCUUGUAUAGACAUCAAAGAAAAUGCAAGCAUCUUCAUAGCAUCAGGCACCUGAGAACAUCCCCUGAGAAAAAGGCCACACAGACCAUCCUGCUGCUGCUGGUUUUCUUUGUGGUCAUGUACUGGGUGGACCUCAUCAUCUCAUCCACCUCAGUCCUGUUGUGGAGGUAUGACCCAAUCAUCCUGACUGUUCAGAAGUUUGUGGUGAAUGUCUAUCCCACAAUAACUCCUUUGGUACAAAUCAGUUCUGAUAAGAGAAUAAUCAAUGUGCUGAAAAACUUGUGGCUAAAAUGCCACCAGACUGUUUAA